AUGUUAAUCUGCAUCCCGACCGUCUCGACCCUCCUCACCCUCGCCGGCGUCAUCACCGGCCCAGGGGACAUCCUCUCCCUCCUCGGCUUCACCGCGGCAGACAUCAUCUCUGGCUCGGCCGCGGCCGCCAUCAGUAACUACACCUUCUGGGGCGAGGGGGAGCGUGAUUUCUCCUUCACGGCCCCUGCCAGCGCGGAGGGCAUUAGGGGGUGCUUCACGCGCCAGCUUGGCUCUGCGGGCCACGUCGUGACGGACUGCAAGCGUGCCCGCAGGUUCGUGGCCGACGACUACGACGACUACUACUGCAUCUGUGGCGCGAUGUGCCUCGUCUACGACGGUCGCAUGCUUGACUGCUGCAGCUGUGCCCCAGAGGUCGUUGCACCCGUCUUUGUCUUCGUCCAAGUGAAUUCGGCCGUGUACGGCGGCGCUACGGGCGGGCUGUUCGCCGUCGCGCAGUCCAUCGGCGCUGCCGGCCUCGCUGGGACGACUAUCGGCGGUGCGGCGACCUCGGUCCUCACUGGCGCUGGCAUCAUCGUCGGUCAGAACCAGGACCAGGACCAGGACCAGGACUAG